AUGUCCUGGCCGAAGGGGCCGGAGCCUGCCGAGGAGGGGACGUACUGGGGCGCGGGGACGGCCGAUGGCCAGCGCAGCCGGUCUUUCCUCCUGGGCUCGGGGAAAGUGUGUUUCACCGGAGCACAACAGGUAGGCGUGGACUCUGCCCGCGCGGGCUGGAGCCCCCGGGCGGGCGGAGAAGGUCGGAAGGUCGGAGCCCGCCUAGUCGGCGCGCCGCUCCCCGGAUCCGCCCUAGCGGCGCCCACAGCGUCGGGGGUUGGCUGGGAGCGGGGCCCCAACCCGGGCUUCGGGCGAGGUUCUCCGGACGCCCAAGAGCAACCGAAAGAAUUCCUGACCCUGGGCCAGAACUCGACAAACGCUCCUUCACGAAAUAUCAGUGAGUUUGAUUGUGGAGUGCUGCCCCAGACCAGCUGGGGGUUAGAGUUCACUUCGAUAAUUGAAAAAGAAAAGGAGAGUUUCUUGCCCAAGCCAGAGGGCGAAAGUAAG